AUGUUUGCAGGGAAAGAACGGCUGCCAGCAUUACCUUUACAUCCCAUAAAAGCAGAACAACCUUUUGACAGAUGGGGUGUUGAUUUCAUUGGUCCUAUUAACCCACCGUCAAGUACAGGCCACCGGUUUGGAGUUCCUGACUCCAUAGUGUCGGACAAUGCACUCCCUUUUGUAGGCUUAAGGGUGACUGAUUGGGCUAUCAAACACAACAUAUAUCUCAAUACUAGCUCAAAUUAUUAUCCUCAAGGCAACGGAUUGGUAGAGUCCACGAAUAAGAACUUAAUCAGAAUCAUCAAAUGGACUUUGCAAGAAAAUCAGCGUGAUUGGCAUUCAAAGCUAAAGGCAGCCUUGUGGGUGGACAUAAUCACACCAAAGCAAAUUAUUGGCAAUUCACCUUAUCGGUUGGUAUAUGGGAAGGAAGCAAGGUUAUCAAUAGAAAUAGAAUUGCCAGCACUAGAUAUGGCUACUCAAAUGGUGCUAUUUGAGGAAGAAGAUCCUAUGCAAGUGCGUUAUGCAUAG